UUGUCUUAGUGAAUGACAUCGCAUCUGUCAGUUUCACGUGUAUUAAUAUUUGGCAAUUUCGUGAAAACUAAUUUCCAAGCUUAUAACCAUGUCCAAAAAACGCGGAAAUAAAAAGAAUCUAAAUUUGGAAAGUGACAAUGACGAAGAAGGGCCCGUUGCGAAAACGGAGGCCGAGAAAGGUAACAUAACCUCAAAACCAAGUAAAAGUAAAGCCCCCAAAAAGGGGAAAAAGGGCAAAAAAGACGAUUGGGUUGAUGAUGACGAUGACAAGACGGUCUCCCUGAUUGAUAGUGUUGACGAGGAGAUUCAACCCGUGGCGAAAAAAAGUGCAAAGAAGAAGUCGAAAAAGAAAGGUCACGAGUCCGGGAGUGAGGAUGAGGAAGAUAAAAUUGAGGUUAAAGCGGAGCAGAAUAAAAAGAAAGUGGGAAAAAAAGGUAAAAAUAAGGAUGAUGAUUGGUCGGACAAUGACAGUAAUGUGGAGUUGCAAAUUUCUGACGUAGAGGAAGAGAUUCAACCAGUGAAGAAAAGCACCAAGAAGAAUACUAAAACUAAAAAGAAGAAAGAUCUCAGUGAUGAGGAUGAAGCUCUGGAACAACAAAUUGAAGAACCCAAGCCAGUCGAAUCAGACAAAGAAGAAGAACCUGACGAAAUUACUGAAAAACUCUCCGAAAUGCAAAUAACAGAAGUGAAGAAAGAACCCGAAGAGAAAAAACUCACCCACAAGGAGAAGAAAAAACUGAAAAAGCAGCAAGAAUAUGAGAAACAGAUGGAAACCCUCCUCAAGAAAGGUGGUCAAGGCCACUCAGACCUCGACAGUAACUUCACUGUCUCCCAAUCGCAAAAAACCGCCGGUCAAUUGGCCCAAUUAGAGAACGCCGUUGACAUUAAAAUCGAAAAUUUCAGUAUCUCCGCAAAAGGCAACGAUUUGUUCGUUAACGCGAAUUUGCUAAUCGCGAACGGGCGUCAUUACGGUCUUGUGGGGCCCAACGGUCACGGUAAAACGACACUUUUACGUCAUAUUGCCCAACGCGCAUUUGCGAUACCCCCCAAUAUUGAUAUUUUGUACUGCGAGCAAGAAGUGGUCGCUGAUAACUUCUCAGCGGUCGAGUCUGUGUUAAAAUCAGAUGUUAAAAGGACUGAAUUAUUGGAUGAAUGUAAAGAAUUGGAGGAUGCGUUUAAUGCCGGUGAUUUGGGAGUCCAGGACCGGCUUAACGAAGUUUAUGCCGAAUUGAAGGCCAUUGGGGCGGAUUCGGCCGAACCCAAGGCUAGGAGAAUCUUAGCUGGUUUAGGAUUUACUAAAGAAAUGCAGGAUAGGGCAACUAAAAAUUUUUCUGGUGGAUGGAGAAUGAGGGUGUCCCUAGCAAGAGCGUUGUACAUAGAACCGACUUUGUUACUUCUUGAUGAACCAACGAAUCAUUUAGAUUUAAAUGCGGUUAUUUGGUUGGACAAUUAUUUGCAAACUUGGAAAAAAACUCUCCUUAUUGUUUCACACGACCAGUCAUUCUUAGAUAAUGUUUGUAAUGAAAUUAUCCAUUUGGAUAAUCAAAAGUUGUAUUAUUAUAAAGGGAAUUAUUCAAUGUUUAAAAAAAUGUAUCAACAAAAACGGAAAGAAAUGAUUAAGGAGUACGAGAAGCAGGAAAAACGUCUGAAAGAGUUAAAAGCACACGGAUCGUCGAAGAAACAAGCCGAGAAGAAGCAAAAAGAGGCUUUGACGAGAAAACAAGAAAAAAAUAGGACGAAAAUGCAGAAACAAGAGGACGAAACAGCCCCAACUGAACUUCUUCAAAAACCUAAAGAAUAUUUCGUCAAAUUUUCAUUCCCGGAGCCUCCGCCUCUACAACCCCCAAUUUUGGGGUUACAUAACGUAACUUUCGCAUACGCGGAUCAAAAACCCCUCUUCCGCAACACCGAUUUCGGUAUCGACAUGAGCAGCAGAGUAGCAAUUGUCGGUCCAAACGGAGUCGGGAAAUCCACCUUUUUGAAAUUACUAACUGGUGAUUUGACUCCACAACAAGGUGAAGUGCGGAAAAAUCAUCGACUGAGAAUCGGCCGUUUUGAUCAACAUUCAGGCGAACAUUUAACGGCUGAAGAAACCCCCGCUGAAUAUCUAAUGAGAUUGUUCGAUUUACCGUACGAAAAGUCGCGAAAGCAAUUGGGAACUUUCGGUCUAGCGAGUCACGCUCAUACCAUCAAAAUGAAGGAUUUAUCGGGCGGGCAAAAAGCACGAGUGGCUUUAGCCGAACUGUGUCUUAAUGCACCCGAUGUCCUGAUUUUGGACGAACCGACGAAUAAUUUAGAUAUCGAGUCAAUUGAUGCGCUAGCUGAAGCUAUUAACGACUUCAGCGGUGGUGUCAUUAUAGUGAGUCACGACGAACGACUUAUCCGUGAGACAGACUGCGCCUUGUAUGUAAUAGAAGACCAGACCAUAAACGAACUAGACGGAGACUUUGACGACUACCGCAAAGAACUCUUGGAGAGUCUGGGUGAAGUGAUCAAUAGCCCCAGUAUUGCAGCAAAUGCUGCUGUUGCUCAAUAACUUUACUAAAAUAUUUCUACAUUGUAUUUAUUUAAAAAAAAAAAAAACAAAUACAAUCAAUAUUUUAAU